GCCGGGAGCCCGGGGCUGAGGGCCCGGAACAGCCAUGGCCGGCACCGGCACCGGCACCGCGCUGGAAACCAUCCAGGCGGAUGGGACGGACGGGAACUGCGUCACGUUCGUGCUGCACGACGAGGAUCACACCCUGGGCAACUCCCUGCGCUACAUGGUCAUGAAGAACCCUGACGUGGAGUUCUGUGGCUACUGCAUCACACACCCCUCGGAAAGCAAGAUCAACUUCAGGAUCCAGACCAGAGGGACCCUUCCUGCUGUGGAGCCAUUCCGGAAAGGCCUGAAUGACCUGAUGGGUGUUUGCCAGCAUGUGCUCAACACCUUUGAGAGGAGCAUGAAGGAGUUCAGAGCACAGAAGGAGGAGGAGAUGCAGUAGCCUUUGGGAAUGGCAUGGAUGUCCAUGGAUGUGUAACCUCUGUGUGUUGAAUUCCCUGUGUCCAAACGAGUAUUUUCUUUAUUAAUAAAUGUAUUUUUUUUAAUAAUAAAGUUUAUUAAUUUA